AUGUAUAUUAAUCAAGAAAAUGAUGAGAAUGAUGAAAAUAACAAAAUAAACCCUAAUACGUAUAAAAAUAUAUUACAUAAUAAAAAAAAUAAAAUAGGGCUAAUUAAUAAUAAUAUAUUAUUGAGAAAAAAAGAUCCCAACUUCUUAGGAAAUAAUUAUGAGUGCAAAAAAGGGAUUGAUAAAACAAUAAAUAAUAAUUUUAACAAUGAAAAAGAAUGUCUUCUUGAAGAUGAAGAAGAAGAAGAUGAAAAUGAUGAGGAAGAAGAUGAAGAUGAAGAUGAUGAUGAUGAUGAUGAUUAUGAAAUUGAUGAAAAUGAUGAGGAAGAAGAUGAUGAUGUUUUUUGUGAAGAAGAAUAUGAUGAUGAAACUCGAGAAAUAAAUUUUAAUUCUUAUAAUAAUAAUUAUUAUGAAACGAAUAAUAAAAAGGAAGACGAGGAUGAUAAUUUUUUAGAAAAAAAUAUUGCAUCAGAUGCUGAAAAAGAUGAUAUACUUUUUGAAAAAUAUGAUAAAUUAAUAAAAAAAUAUAAAAUCAAAAAAGAAACGAAAAUAGAUAACUUUGUUAAGAAAGAUACAAAAAAUGAUGAAAGCUAUAGUUGUUAUAGUUCCAAUAGUAAGGGGGAAUAUACCCAUCCAAAUAAAUAUAGUGGUAUCAAGAAUAGAUAUCUAAAAUCUAGAAAGAUUGAAGUUGAAAAUCAAGAAAAUGUCAAUAUUUAUGAUGAAGAUGAUGAGGUAGAAGAAGAAGAUAGCCAUUUUUCAAAUGUUGUGUUGGACAGAAUUGAAGAAAUUUAUUACAAGAAAACUAAAUAUAAAAAAUUAGAAAGUAUAAAUAAUUCUAACAAUAAUAUAUGCGUUAACGACUUAAAUUUAAACAUAAUAAGUGAUUAUCUAAAUGUGGAUAUAUCUGUAUUUAGUAAAAAAACUACUGUAUUAUUAUUAGGAAAUACACAAAGCGGAAAGAGUUCUUUUAUUAAUUGGUUCACUGAAUCUUAUGUACAAAAUACUAAUAGAAUCCCCAAAGGAAACCAAAUGACAUACAUAGAUGUAAAACGAAAUUACAAAUUCAAUUUUAAAAAUUUUAAAAAUAAUAACUAUCAACUUGGGUUAGAUAAAUUUCAUGAAAGCUACUACAAUAAUCGAUAUUAUGGGAAUAACGAAUAUGGGGAUAAUUAUUAUGAACAUGGAUUUGUGGGAGAAAAUGAUAAAAAUGUUAUUCUUUCAGGGGAAAAUUGUUUUAGCAUAUUUAAACCAUUUAAAAAAUUAAAAGAAAAAUCUAAAAAUUUAAAAAAUUAUAUUUAUGGAAAAUUAUGCUAUCAAAAUAAAAUAACCAAAUAUAUGAACAGAGUCAAUUCAGUAUCAUUUAUAGAUACUAGCGGAAUCACUGAUGUAGAUGACCAUGAUUACGAUGAAUUGAUAUUAAACAUGUCUAAAUAUGUAGAUAUAAUAUUUAUUUUUAUAGAUUCAAAUACAUAUUCUAUAAGUAAUAGGUUAUUAAAAAUUAUGAAUUAUCUUUUACAAAACCAAAUUAGUAAAGUAACGAUCUGUAUAACAAGGAUUGAUAUAAUAGAAAAAAUAAAUUUAUAUAGAGUUGUAUUUUAUUUGACUCAACAUUUUUUAAGAAAUUUAAAUAUAUUUAAACAACAUAUUAAUAUGGUUAAUCCUUAUGAUAAUAGUGGUGAAGAAGUCGAAUAUAACAGAAAUUUUGAUAUUCUUCAAAAUGAAAAUAUUAAAGAAAAUAAAAAAAAUGACAAAAUUGAAAAAAUAAAUGAAUUUUUUAAUCGAUCUAUCAAAUCAUUCCAAAAUUUAUUUAUUUUUCCAAAAAUGUUAAAAAGAAUUAUAACCAAUCAAAAUAUUAAUGAGAAAAAACAACAAACAAUCUUUAAAAAUAAUGAAUAUCUCAUAUCAGAAGACAAAGCAAAUAUCCAAUAUAAUAAUUAUCACAAAAUAAAUAAACAUGAUGAAGAAUAUGCUUACCAAGGAAUGGCACAUAGGCCAUAUAUACAUGAUACUAUAGAUAAUAGAUUCAAUUAUUUAAAUUCAAAAGGAUAUUAUGAUGAUUCAGAUAAAGAACGAGUAGACGAAGAAAAAGAAGAAAGUAUUUUUAAAAAAAUUUUAACAAAAAGUUAUAAUUCAUUUAAGGAUAAAAUAAUGAAUGCUAAUAAUGAAAGUGAAAACAUAAUUGAUAAUCAAGAUGAAGAUGAACAAUAUCAUAUGAAUAAAAAGACAAGAAUACGACAUGAUGAUAAUAAAAAUUAUAGUGAAUUUUCAAUAUAUGAUCAUAAAUAUUAUACAAGAAAUAAAACAAAGAAAAAAAGAGAUAUUAAUAUUAAUUCCAAUAGAAAUAUUGAUGAAAAUAAAAUGAAAAGAGAAGAUAAGGUAAAAAAUCAUAUUGAUAAAAUAUUUGAAAAUAAAAUAAAUUAUGGAGAUUGCUUAAAAAAUAUGAGUAUUUUUGUUUUAGUAUUAUUAUAUGAAGUUAUUACAACUAUUUAUAGUUUAAUCCAUUCUAGUAUAAAUACAUAUUUAAAUACAAAAGAAAGAAAAAUAAUAAAUGUUGAAAAAAUUUACAAACUUGAUGAAGCAAAUAAAUUAAAGUACAAUAUUAAUAAUCUUAAUGAUUCAUAUAAAAUUUUAGAAUUCCUGACAAUCUAUUUACCUGAAAUUCCUCAUGAUGUCCUUAAAAGAGAAAAUUGGAAAUAUGAAAAACCUUCAUUAAUGUUUACUAAAACUGGAAAACAUAUGAAUAGAUACAGUUAUUAUGGGGAUUACAAAUAUAACAAUCAAUAUGCUGGUAAUAAUAUUGAAAGAAAAUUAAAUGAACAAAAUGGUUUUGCACACUCGACAGAUGGUAAUAAUAAUAGUGUGCAUAAAAAAAACAAUUACAUUGAUUCAAAUAAAAAUUUAUAUGAACGUUCUGGUAAACAUUAUCAUAUAAGAAGAAGUAUCCCUGAGGAUUUUUCACCCCAUGAUAAACCUUUGAAUUCUUAUUUAAAUAAAAAUAGACAUAAUAAAAAUAACUAUUGUAAAUUAAAUGACUUAUCUUUAUUUGAUCCAGAACAAAUAGAUGAAGUAGGAAGUAGACAAAUCAAAUAUAACCGGGGUGAAGAUAAUGAUUUUAAAUAUGGAUGUGAAAUAAAAAGAGAUUCAAAUGAUAGUAUAAAUAAAUAUAAUGAAUAUGAACACAUUAACAAAUUUUCUCAGGAAAAUAAUUAUAAUAAUAGAAAUAAAAUAAGGAAUGAUGAUAUAAAAGAAUUAAAUAUGUUAAAUGAUUUAUUAUAUAAAAUAGAUGAAGGAAUAGAUUUAAAAACAAAUCAAAGUAUUUAUAUGCUUAAAAGAGAUUUAGAAAAAAUUCAAAAUACCUGUCUAAGAAAAAUAUUUGAUAAUAAUGAAAUAAUCCAAAAAAAUAAAUCCCUACGUUUUCAAAAUAUAAAAUUAUAUUUUUUUAAAUAUAUGACAAUUUUUUGUGGAUUUAUUAUAUCUUUACUUAGAUAUGAUUUCUUAGUUUAUUUUAAUUUUCUUAAACCCAAAUUAUUACUUAGUAUAUUUUCAAAAUAUUUUAUUUUUUUAUCAUCAUAUAAUAAAAAUUCAUUUUUUGUGGCUCUGAAUAUAUUACUUAUUAUCAUUUAUAUUGUAAUAUAUUUUAGAUAUAACAAAAGAAAUUAUUUUAAAUCUUUAGAUAAAAGUGAUAUGAAUAAAUUAAAAAUUAUUUUAUUAUUUACUCAAAUUAUAUUUGAUGAAAUCAAUCAAUUACAUCUUCGAUUGAUUGGAAAGGGAGGCCGAAGUUCACGAAGUUAG